GGAAUCCCUGCUGUUAGAUAUUUUUCCAAUAUGGCAACCUUCAGGGGCAAGUGUUAAAAAAUAAAGCUUUACCAUAUUUAACCCUAGUUUUAGCAAAAAUUUAUUAGUAUUAGUUGAUUCAAACUGACUUUCUCAAUCUUUAUGUUAGAUAACUUAACAUAUUCAAUUUCUAUAAUUGCAAUUUCUUUUUAGAGAUUAAAUGAUUCGUAAUUUUUACAUAAAUAGCCACUAUUCGACCCGGGUCCAUUUAACUUUAACUUUAACAGUUACUUUAAUAAAAUAACUUUAACACUUCAAGUCUUGUCUUUAGGUCUUUAGUUUAGACUAAAUCCCAUUCGGAUGUCAUUUGUGGUAGUUUAUUUUAGUUAAACUGAAGAAGUAAGUUUACAAACAUAUAGUCUAUUCAAUUAUCUUUCAUUUGAUAGCUAAUUUUGUCUUACAAACCCAAAAAUGAUAUUUUAAAUAGUUUUUUUAAUUUUAAUCCCAACCUCUCACUUCUGAUACCCGGGACCGGAUGCGAAUAACCGCUUUGAUCAAUUAUUUAAAUUAUUAAAUUAUCAAUGUCCGUUAACUUGUCAAGAGAUGCAAAAAUAUACAUACAUACUCAUUGUAUAGUCAUAGUCAUAGUGUAACAUAAUAUUACUAAUACUAUUACAUACCCGGUUGUUGUUAUUGUUCGUCCGUCGAGGAUCGGCGAUGACCAUCGAGUCGUCCGGUGACUGAUGACUUGUGCUAGUGACUUUUGUUUAAAGUGAGGAAGAGUUGCGCGGCGUCAACCUCACUCUCUCGUCCGGGCCCACCAUAUCCAGUGGCAAGACUCUACGUCAAGACGACCAGAGAUGGGUACGGUUGCAGGAAUUGUCAUUGUAUGCGCCUUACGGGGACUCUAACUCCGGGUUUGAAUUCAGAGUUUCUCUUAGAUGAGUUGCCGACCAAGGUUAACGAGUCUCAUCCACCCGGGGUGAUGUUUUUGCUUGACCUGCCUUUGGCUGGAAUUGAGGUUUGCUCAGUUUAGACCAUUCGGCCACCCAGUCAUCCAUGCAGUGAAUGACCAUGGCGUUCUACUGUCUGGCCAUGCUCUCAGAGAUUCAUACCACUGUGCUGUCUCUGCCUUUUGACCAAGUAGUAGUUCUUCCGCACAAUUUGCCGGAUCCAGUCUUUACAUGCUAUGGGGGAAAACCCCUUUUUUUCAGAAAGUUCUAUGCCUUUCGGCUACCCUCACAUUAUUACGUGGGCCCUGCCUUAAUCUUAAACUUAAUAUAUAGAAGAUAUGGUUUUAAAUUAAUUUUUUUUUUCAACCGCAAUUAGACAAUUCAAUCCAAUGACUUUGUCAUGAGUCAUUGUCAUGAAUGAUUAAUUAUGAAUUUAUGCUAGUAAUAUGACGCAUUGAAAAUAUCAAUUUAUGAAUUGUUCAUUGUUGAAAAUUAGGCUAAAUUAUAACUAAAUAAUAUAAAUAUAGCGAAUUUGGUAGUGAAUUUAAUAAGCAAUAUAAAUAAUAUAACAUAAACAUGAUUUAUAAAUAUUAAAUGUACAUCCUCAAAUGAUGUCAUUGUCAAUUUGUCUUCACAUUCAUCACACUAUUAUUGCCAAUAGUACUGAAUUGGCCAGUUUCAACCUCCAUCCCUAAAAUUCACAUUAAUCUUCAAAUGUAAAAGACUUUCUUUUUCAUUGUUUGGAACAAAUUUAUGUCUUUUUUUUAAUGGGUUCAAAUCAAUGGGCAUUUAUUAGAUCUUAUUAUUAAAUUUAAACAGUUAUUAGGCUAAAGAUAAUUUAUUUUAAAGUCUAAGUUUAAUGCUGGGCUUAGAGAAAAACAACUUAAGCAUAACUGUGCUUUUAGAGGUAAUAUAAUGUUUAAAAAAUGAUAAUACAGGCUUUAGGCUUUAGGCAAAUAAGGUUUUAAAAAUAUGAGUUGUACUAAUAUCUUGAUAAAACUAUGUCUGUUCACUGGAAAUUUUUUCAUUCUACCACUAUUAGUAGAGAUAUUGGGAAAAUAUAACCAUUCAUGGCAGUUUUAAAGUUAUGAAAUAAUAAAAAUGAAAUGUAAGAUUUUCAAUUCGUUCUCAUUUUUCCAUAGGAAUUUCCUUUGCCCGGUUGGCAGUAUCCUGUUUUCAGCAAAACAUCCUAAAAAAUAUUCCUUUGUAAGUAAAACAAAGCUACCAAGCCAGUAAUAUGCAAAUAUAUUUUUAUAAUAAAAAAAAAAAUUGGCAUACAGUUUAAUUAUUAGGUUAUGUAUUUGAUUUCACGAUUCUAAUGUUAUGCUUUGCUUACCCUGUUUUUCAAGAUCUCGGAUAUCAUCAUCAAAUGCCACCAUAAGAACUCCUCAGCUUUGGGCAUCAUUGAUACACAGUAGCUCGAGUCAUGCUAGUUAUAGGAACACAGACUUUGAAGAUCCACCAAAGAAAAUAGGCAAAGUGAAACUAGUGCCACCAAACUGGCUAAAGUAUAAUGAUGUUGUUUACCCACCAACAUCCCCAGGAGAACCUGAAAGACCAGCUGUAAGUGAUGUUGUAAAAUUGGGAGAGUUGUAUGUGUUUUAGUUUUAUAAGUUUAAAACCCAUUUGAUAUCAUGAUGGAAAAAUAACCAUUGCUACAUAUAUUGUCAUAGAUUGUUGCGAUAUGAUUUUGAUUUGCAUUUUCCCAAGCUUCUUUAAAUGCAUUUCAUGUUUCCUUUAAAAACAAAUGGUAUACACAAUUUCUUAAAUUAAAAAAAAAUCUAUUUGUAUUUUUUAAUGAUAGCUAAUGAGAUAGCCAAUGGUUUGCUUAACCAGGCACUCAUUGCUGGCUACCGUAUAUACUAGAGACUGACCAAAGUUUGGCAUCAGCACUGAAAGUUGCCAUUUCAUCACUUUUUACAUAGUUUCGGUUUCAGCAGAAGCAGAACAGUUAAGGUUUGGUUUAUCAUCCUAGACAUACUCUUUGGUUCUGUAUUGCUUACACUGGCAUAUUAUUUUGUAGGGUUGGCUUAUACAUUAACCAGGUGACACAUUUUUCAAACUUUUCCUGUCCAAAACUAAUCUUAUAAACAAACAGGCUUUAAAACGAGUAUAAAGGCAUAUGCUGACUUGUUAUUAUGUUGUGCAAACCAGAAUCAUCUUGUUAACUAAACCGUUUACCAAACAUUUUGAAUAUGUCACUUUUUCCAAUAUUUUCAUUUUAUUUUUACCUUUAUCUUUAAAAUACUAUUGAUUAUAAUAUUGUUUUUAUUUUUUUGUAGGAAAUAUAGAUAACUGAUAGUCAGUUCUAUUGUGGUUUAUAAAUAAAUCAACAUACUAAAUAAAUCAAAAUACAGCAACAGAAGUGUAUCACUGUUCACCUAUGGGGAAAACAGUGUAAUCACUGUUUACCUAUGGGGACAGCAGUAUAUCAGUGUUCACCUAUGGGGACAGCAGUGUAUCAUUGUUCACCUAUAGGGACAGCAGUGUAUCAUUGUUCAACUAUGGGGAUUGCAGUAUAUCAAUUGUUCACCUAUGGGGACAGCAGUGUAUCAGUGUUCACCUAUGGGGACUGCAGUGUAUCAGUGUUCACCUAUGGGGACUGCAGUAUAUAAUUGUUCACCUAUGGGGACUGCAGUAUAUCAUUGUUCACCUAUGGGGACUGCAGUAUAUAAUUGUUCACCUAUGGGGACUGCAGUAUAUCAGUGUUCACCUAUGGGGACAGCAGUGUAUCAUUGUUCACCUAUGGGGACUGCAGUAUAUCAGUGUUCACCUAUGGGCGAAGCAGUGUAUCAUUGUUCACCUAUGGGGACUGCAGUGUAUCAUUGUUCAUCUAUGGGGACAGCAGUGCAUCAUUGUUCACCUAUAGGGACAGCAGUGUAUCAUUGUUCACGUAUGGGGACUGCAGUAUAUAAGUGUUCACUUAUGGGGACAGCAGUGUACUAUUGUUCACCUAUAGGGACAGCAGUGUAUCAUUGUUCACCUAUGGGGACUGCAGUAUAUCAGUGUUCACCUAUGGGGACAGCAGUGUAUCAUUGUUCACCUAUGGGGAUUGCAGUAUAUCGGUGUUCACCUAUAGGGACAGCAGUGUAUCAUUGUUCACAUAUGGGGACAGCAGUGCAUCAUUGUUCACCCACAGGGACAUGGACCAUACUGAUCACCUUAUUAGGGAGAAGAGGAAGAACAUAGCAAUGUUCGAAAAGUUUUGAAGUUUAGAUGCAAAGAUAAAGUAUGUUUUUAAAAAAAUUACGUAUUUGUGUUAUGCCUUGUGUUUGCAAUGUUCUAUUAAUCUGUUAUUCAUAAACCCACUUAGGAAAUUUGCCAUCACAGAAUGCAGAUAAAAUAUGGUACUAAAAAAAUGUGGUAUCUAGCAUGCAUGGUAAGAUUAUCUUAAAUCUCAAUAUUUUUCUGUUAAAAAAUAGCCUUUUUGGAACAAACAAAUGAUGAUAAAUUUAUAUUGAUAAAUGAUGUUAAAUUUAUUUUUUGGAAAAGAAAUAUUUCAUCCCAUUCAUUACUUACCAGAAUAUAUAUCAAAUAUUUUUUCUGUAAUUGCUUCCAAAGAUUCGAGGAAUGUCAAUUGAUGAAGCUAUUAAACAGUUGUCCUUCCACAAAAGAAAAGGAGCUGCCCAUCUAAAGGAGGUUCUAGAAUUUCUUAUUUAGUUAAUUCCUAGACAUGCCGUGCUGGAACAUUUAAUUUGUCUUUCUUUUAACUUAAUGUUAAAUUGUAUCAUUGUUCUGAUUAAAUAACGUUUAAAUUGUAGAAUUAACCAGGUCAUUGUCAUUUUAUCUCUAAAGGCUUUAGAAGAGGCACAAGAAAUUGCUGUGCGUGAUCACAAUGUUGAGUUCAAAUCAAACUUAUGGAUAAGUAAGUUAAGCUUCUCUUUACUAUUUAUGGUAGUUAAAAAUAUUGUUACUGCUAAAAUCUUUAAAAAUAAAUUAAAUUAAAAUAUUUCUUAAGAACUAAAAUAUAUGACCCAAUGUUACCUGGAUAAUAAUGGCAGGAAAUUUGUGAUAUUUUCUACCUGCUAUUGCAAAAUAUAAACCCAUCUUUGCGUACGCACAUUAACUGUAAGGAAAAAAAAUAUGGCUCUAUUUUUUAAGUUUAAAAUUUGACACGUGUAAAAUGAUAAGGGUUUUAAAAGGUUUAUUUGAGGUAUGGAUAUCCUUAUGUUAAUGUUGUUGUUGUUCGUCCGUCGAAGUCGACAAGGACCAUCGAAUCAUCCGGUUAGGGGCGGGCAGGGGGGUUGGGAUUACGGUGAGCUCUUAGGUGGCUUGUUAGACCAAUCCUUGCUCGGAAUAAUCUAUGACACCGUGGGCAUGGAAUAGUUGCUUCAGGCGAUGACCUAAUGUUGCUCUUUCGGACAAGCCUGCGUGUCUCAGCUGUGGUUAUUCUCUUAGCUUCAUGGGAUUUAGCCCCCUUCUUGACAGCAGCUCUCCAUCUGGCUCUGUCCUGGGCUGUCUGCAUCCAUUGAGUAGGGUUUAUGCUGAAGGCCUUUAGUGCCACUUUCAGUGAGUCUUUGUAACGCUUUCUUUGGCCUCCUUGGGAGCGCUUGCCUAUCGUGAGUUCUCCAAAGAAUAUUUGUUUCGGGAGCCGGUGGUCUGCCAUACGGGCUACGUGUCCCAUCCAACGGAGCUGAGACUGCAUCAGAGUGGUGAAGAUACUAGGUAGGUUUGCUCUAGCGAGGACCUCAGUGUCGGGGACUUUGUCUUGCCACCUGAUGUCGAGGAGUUUCCUGAGGCAGGUAGUGUGAAAAUGAUUCAGUUUCUUGGCGUGACGCUGGUAGACAGUCCACGUUUCACAUCCAUAAAGCAGUGUCGGGAGGACUGCUGCGCUAUAGACCUUGAGCUUUGUUUCUCGACUGAUACCUCUCCUGUCCCAAACAGUGCUGCGGAGCCUGCCAAAUAGGGCACUAGCUUUUGUGAGUCUGCCAUUCAUUUCAUCAUCCAUGACGACAGAUCUAGAGAGGGUGCUGCCCAAGUAAGUAAAUUUAUCCACCGGGUUGAGACGCUGUCCACUGAUGAUGAUGUUGGGUUCAACGUAGGGCUUACUGGGAGCUGGCUGAUACAUCACCUCAGUCUUCUUUGUGUUGAUUGUGAGGCCAAAGUUAUUGCAGGCCUCUGAGAAGAUAUCAACGCUGUGUUGCAUGACGGCUUCUGAUGGAGCAUUAAGGGCACAAUCGUCUGCAAACAGAAGCUCGUUGAUCGUGGUAUGUUUGACCUUGGUUUUAGCUUGAAGCCUCCUAAGGUUAAAUACUGAUCCAUCAGUACGAAACCGGAUUGGCAAGCCCAUGGUGGAGUCCUUGAACGCAUCAGACAGCAUUGCGGAAUACAUAAUACUGAAGAGUGUGGGAGCAAGAACACAACCCUGUUUUACACCGUUUGUGACGGGGAAUGCUGGAGAUGAUUGACCGUUGUCCUGUACUCGGGCCAUCAUACCAUCAUGCAGCUGACGGAUGAUGUUUGUGUUAAUGUACCCAUGGUUUGUCAAUGCCAUUGAGCGUAAUUUCAUUGGCUUUAAAGAUAUUGUCAUCCACGUAAAAAGACACCCUAACCUUGAUAUAUGUACCUAAAGAGGUUAACAAUUUAUCAAAUUCAUUCCUUGGGCUAAAAUGAAAGUAUCAAAUGUCACAUAAUAAUAAUAGUUUUGAUAUAUUGAUAUCAAAAUUAAACAAAUUGCAACUUUAUAUGGUUAGUUCUUUUUGGAUGAGUGAUAAGUGAAUCAAUGAUUGCUAUUUAGCUAUGAUUUUUCAAUGCUUUUAAACAGUAUUUUGUUAUAAAAAGUAUUUUUAAAAGUUAAGUUUUUAUUACUUUAUAAAUUUGAUAAAAGUACAAUUUUGGAAUGAAAAUUAAGUAAUACUUAUUUCAUGUUAAACAUACAAAGCUAAGAUUUGGUGUGUUUUAUUAACAAUUUAAAAAGCAAUCAAUAAUAUUUAAUUGAAAAGGGGAAAAUACAUUAUCAAUUUUGUCAUACAGAAACUUAAAGCUUUUGAUUUGCAAGUUUAAAUUUAUCUCUUAUGGAAUUAAUCUAAUUUUUUCUUUAUUUGAGUCCAAUCUAAAAUUUUACUUCAGUAAUGUUUGAAGUCAUUAGAUAAAAUUGGUUAUAAAUUGGAUAAAACAGAUAUAUUGGUUUUCCCGAUGAUUUAAUAAGAAUAAUUCUUAGAUCAUAAUUUAUUAAUAAUAAUAAGAAUAUCACAACUUUUAAAUUCGGAUAAAAUGCUUAAAUUAGUUCUUUAGUUGUUAUUUUAAAUGUAUUUAUUAUUAUAAUACUUAAAAAUAGACUAAAAUAAAAGUGGAUAUAUUUUAUUUUUAGCCUAUUUAAAUUUAUUCAAUUUCUGUAAAAUAAUAGAAAAUCACUAUCAUUGUUUUUAAGAAUAUGAACGUAUUUAAAUAAGUUCAUUUUUUAAAGCCUUGUAUGCAUACCCUAGCUCAUUCUUUUAUAUAUAAUUUAUUAAUAAGAAUUUUUUUGUGGCUUCAGGUGACUCCUUUGUAACAAGAGGAAUCAUUGUCAAAGGUUAUAGAAGACACGCCAGGGGACGUUAUGGCAUAAUUCAAUAUCGCUACACCAAUUUUUUUGUGAGAUUGCGAGAAGGAAGACCACCCAAAGAUUACUACCCCGCAGAAAAGACUGGCAAUGAGUUGAUGGAAGACUAUAUCAAAAAGCAGCGCGCACGGAGAAUAGAAUUUGGCUUAUAAAAACAACUAUUAACAUUAUUGGUUUCUAGGUUUAAAAUACAGCUGGUAUUAUGCAGUCAUUUUGAAUAUUGGGCUUGCUUUUUUAUCUAUCUGCUACAUGCCAUUUGUUAAUAACCUUAAAGUUUAAGAUGGUAAAAUAUGCAUCUGUUAAUGAGAAGGAAAAUGCAUUAUGCAGUUCAUAAAAAAUAUUUUGGGUUUGUGAUAAAAUAAAAUUUUUUUUUUUACAUGAAGGGUUGUGUAAUCUUUUUAGUGUAAAAAUAGAAUCGAUAAAAAAAAAAAAUGGAUAGAAAAAAUAAGUAUUGGUUUAAAAAAUUAGCCCUCAUGGUUCUGCUAAUGUAUUUUUCUUCAGCAUUCAUUUAUAUUAUUAAAGAUUCAUAGAUAAUGUAGGCUAAACUCACAAGGUCUGAAUUCUUGACAGCCCCCCCCCCCUACAUGAGUUCCAAAAACUUCUUCGGCGGCGCAUCCCUUGAUAUGUAUAUACCAAACACAUUUGCAUUCAAAG